GUGGCUGAAAAUAACGCUGUAAGAAGAUCUGGGAGAAUUCUCCACUCCCACCUCUGCCACUCCUACCUCUAUUGAAAACUGGGAGCAGAACAUUUUUACUGCUUGUUUUUCCAUCAAGCAGCUGUAUGAAUUAAAUGGCAUUUUGUGAUACCCCCGAGUUCCAGGACACAAUAUAUGUCAAUCAUAAUAGGCAGUCUGGGAGGAGAAUGUUAACCACUGGUCCCUAGCAACAUAUCCUGACUUCUGAUCCCUUAUAUUAAAGAAAAGCCAUUUCAGAGGGAGUGCAAGACUGUGUGAAAGUAGAAAAUACCACACCCCACCUUAAAAAAGCUUCAGUAUUCUCCGCUGACUGCAUGUAGCUUGGGAGCGCUUGAGUGCGUUGGUGAUCUGUGGGGUUUUUAACAAGCAGAGAAGACCAAGUCUGAAGUUUCUCUGAAUUCGUCUGAAAUUGUAGGCAUGAUCAAUUUGUUUAAGAAACCUUACAAGAAAAAGGCCGGCAAGUUCCAGCCUUUCAAGAAGCUCUUCGGCAGGAGGAAGAAAAGAGAGCCCGCCUCGGAGUGUGAGGAGCCCAAACUGAAGCCCAGCCACUCCUUCGGCAACAUCUGCAACGGGAGCUCCUCGGAUGAGGAGCCCGGCAGCGGGCUGAGAUCCUCCCAUUAUUCUAUGGGCAGUCGAGCUUUUUCCCAUGACAGUAUUUUCAUACCUGAUGGGAGAACAGAGAGUGAACAGGCCAUUCAAGCAAUGUCACAGGAGAACGUUUUAGGAAAAGUCAAAAUUCUUCAGCAACAGUUGGCCAAAAAUAUAAAAUUUGGGCAGCCUCCACAAAUGACAGUUUCUGCGAGGACAAUGGGGGAAGCAAACGCCAGUCCAGAAGAGGAUGCGUUGCUCAGCAGCUCCGUGGAGAUGGAGACCCAGCAGGACACGGUGAUCUCAGACUGCGGUAAUAAAUCCACUGACACUCCAGAUUUCUUGAGAAAAAUGAAUUUUCUUGGAACAGGACAUGAAAUGGAAGAAAAGAUCACUCCAGUUAAAUCAGCUCGGCCAAAAAGACAGUUUUCCUGUUCUGGCACAAUUGAAACAAUCAAUUUGGAUUCAGUUCCCCAGGCUCUUGCUCGUCUAGACAACAGUGCAGCUAAGCACAAGCUGUCAGUGAAGCCAAAAAAGCAGAGGAUGUCAAGACAGCACAAGAGAUUGACAAAGGGAUCACAAAGUUUAACUAUAACAGAAUUUGAGCCAGAGGACCUAGAAACUCAGCUGUAUGAGGACUUAUACCCAAGUUAUAAUGGACGCUUCACAGCAGGCAAGCUAAUCCAGGACAGAGAUGAGCAGAAGCUGGCAGAGGAAAAAAGAAUUGAAGAUCACUGGGGUAUCCUUGAAGCUGAAAGGAUAAGACAGAUUGUAGAAAUGGAAGAACAAAGAGAAAUGGAAGAAAAAAGGUGCCAAGAACUUGAGGAGAUGCGGAAAGAACAGGAAAAGAGACGUUGUGAAGAAGAGAGGAGGCAAUACCUCCUUGAAGGAGAAACAUCUUUGAAAAUAGAAGAGAAAACAUGCCAUAAAGAGGAAAGAAGACUGAUGAAGGCUGAAAAAAGGCAAGAGCUGGAGGAGCAGAUGCAGAAGGAGUUAGAGGAACAACAAAGACAAGAUCUGGAGGAGAAGAGGCGCUGGGAAGUGAAGGAACAACAGAGACAAGAGCUGGAGGUGCAGAAGCUCAAGGAACAGGAGGAACAACAGAGACGGGAGUUGGAGGAGCAGAAGCUCAAGGAACGAGAGGAACAACAGAGACAAGAGCUGGAGGUGCAGAAGCUCAAGGAACAGGAGGAUCAACAGAGACAAGAGUUGGAGGAGAAGAAGCUCAAGGAACGAGAGGAACAACAGAGACAAGAGCUGGAGGUGCAGAAACUCAAGGAACAAGAGGAACAACAGAAACGAGAGUCAGAGGAGCAGAAGCUCAAGGAACAGGAGGAACAACAGAGACAAGAGCUAGAGGUGCAGAAGCUCAAGGAACGAGAGGAACAACAGAAACGAGAGUCAGAGGAGCAGAAGCUCAAGGAACAAGAGGAAAAACUGAGACAAGAGCUGGAGGUACAAAAGUUCAAGGAACAAGAAGAGCAACAGAGACGAGAGCUGGAUGAGCAGUGGCAACAGCAAGGGGAGGAGCAGCAGAGACUAAAGCAGGAGGAAGAGAAGCACCAGGAACUGGAAGAGCAACAGAGACGAGAGCUGGAGGAGCAAAAGCACCAGGAACAGGAAGAGCAGAGGCAUCAGGAAUUGGAGGAGGAGAAGUGUCAAGAAUGGGAAGAGCAGAAGCACAAGGAUCUGGAGGAGAAACAGAGACGAGAGCUGGAGGAGCAGAAGAGGCUAGCACUGGAAGAAUUAAGGCAACAUAGGUCUGAAAAAGACAGUCAAAAGGAAGAAGAAAGAAACUGGCUGGAGGAACAAAAAGAGCUCAAGAAACAAAAUAAGGAAGAAAUACAGCAACAAGAACUAGAAGAGAAAGAGCUUGAAGAAGUUGAAAUAAAACUGAAGCAGGAGAAAGAACCUGAGAGCCUCAAACAAGAGAAGAAACAGGAGGAACAAAGACAGCAUUUGAAGGAGAAAGAAAAGACAGAGAAGGGACAACCCCAGCAAGUGACAGAUAAGAAAAAGAAACGGGAAGAGCAGAGGAAACACAAACUCACAAAACAAAUGCACAUGGAAAGUUCAGACUUCGUUCUACAAGAUGAACUGAAGCAGCAAAAGGAACCAAAUGGACAUGAAUGGAAUAAGCUGAAAGAGCAGAAGGUAGACACAGAAGGACCAAAUCUUCAUCCAAAACAAGAAAAAUCCUUGGAACAACCACAAGAAAAAGAUCAGUUGUGUUCUGCUGGAGUGGCUGAUACGCAUCCAGCAGAGGAGAAGCUCCAAGAAGGAUCAAGUUCCCAAAAAGUUAAGCAGCCAGAAAAAGGGACUAAAACGGCAGAAGAAAUACUAGCCCAGAAACUGAAGAGAGAAGUUGAGGCUCAGGAACAAAAACGCAUAGGGGAAGAACUUCGGUGGCAGGAGGUAGAUGAAAGACAAACAGCAUCCAGACCCUUCACAUUUCAAGUGUCUUCUGGAGAUAAACAGAUCAUAUUUCAGAAAGUAAAUCUGAGUCCUGUUAUGCCCAUCAAAGGAACAGGACUCUCUUCUCCAUCUGUCAAAGACUGCAGGGUGCACACUACCAGUAAGGGCUCUCAUUCCCUCCCAUCAUCUGUGUGUGUACCCCACACAGCUAUUUUGGUUACUGGAGCACAGCUGUGUGGCACAGCAGUGAACUUGAACCAGAUUAAGGACACAGCUUGCAAAUCAUUACUUGGCUUAACAGAAGAGAGGAAGAAUGUGGAUAUUCCCUCUCCAGAGAAGUCUGAGAGGAAAAAACAGGAUCCCAAACCCAGCAGCAGUAAAAUGAAACAUGCACAAGAGGCUUUGAACAACCAGGCUGUAAUGGCUGAGUGGGCCUCUAUCCGCUCCAGAAUCCUAAAGAAUGCAGAAAACAACAAAUAUAAUGAGAAAGACCGAGUAGCUGUCUGCAGGCACAGUGAUGACUGGACACCCCGAGGACGUGGUGCUCCCCAUGGCAACUUGAGGAAAACCCUCUCUGCAAAUGCAAAGUUCUCAAUAACACCAGCAUGGCAGAAAUUUUCAGAUGUUUCAAAAACCAAUUCAGAUGCUGAGAAUGUAAAUGUGUCAAAAGGCAAUGAAACACUGGCUGUGGGGAGAACCACUGGCUCAUCUGCUGAUUCAAAGGAGGAUGUGGCUUCCACUUUUAAGGAUAACUUAGCUGAAAAGCUUAAGGAGAAAAUGGAAACCCAUAGGGAAGUGACAGACAACACUGAAGGCUGUAAAUUUGCGAAAGAUCUUCCAUCAUUCCUUGUUCCAAGUUUUCCACAUUCUGUGGGGAAGGAUUCACCCCAGCCAGAACUUCCCAAUUCUCUAGAAAAUCAGCAGAAUAACAGCACAAAAAAAGCAGAUAAACCAUCACCAAAUGGAGAAGAAAAUGUUUCUCCCUUUGGGAUAAAGUUACGAAGGACAAACUACUCUUUACGUUUUCAUUAUGACCAACAGGCAGAGCAAAAGAAAAAGAAAAGAUACAGUGCAGGAGACAGUUUUGAUGGUGUGCCUGACCCACUCACCUCAACAGAAGGUGAGAAAGAAUCCUCUGUUUUCACUCCACAAGAAAGUACCUCUCCUGGCACUGGGAGAGCAAACAUCCCUGGUAAUCUAAAAGACUCUUCAGUUACGGUGGUGUUUUCACCACCUGUGGGCACACCAGUGGUCCCACCAGCCACCGGCCAGAGUGCUCUACCUGCUCAUGAGAAACCAGCAUGCAAGUCACUGGUCCCACAAAAACCUGCUUUAGCUCCAAAGCCCACCAGCCAGACCCCACCAUCAUCUCCUCUCUCUAAAAUGAACAGAUCAAACCUAUCUGAAAUGCUGGGGCAAAGGGUAGCUAAAGCUGAAUCCGAUGGUGGAUGGAGAAAAGAAGACAGAGCAAAUGCAGCCCAACCCAUACCAUCCAAUGACUACAAAAAUGAAGAGGAAGAAGUCAAAGAAAAGAAGUCAUUUUUCCCAUCUCUAAGCAUUCCAUGGAGAGAAAAAAAUGACAAAAAGCCUGAGCCAUUGAAGAAAGAAAAGCCUGUCCUUCAGAGCAGACACUCUUUAGAUGGCUCUAAAUUGUUGGAAAAAGUGGAAACUUCACAACCACUUUGGAUUACAUUAGCACUGCAAAAGCAGAAGGGAUUUCGUGAGCAGCAAGCCACGAGGGAAGAGAGAAGACAAGCCAGAGAGGCAAAGCAAGCAGAAAAACUGGCCAAAGAAAAUGCUGCUGUAAGUAAUCAGUCAGAUAAUAAAAGUAGCAGCAGCAAGACAAACACACUGCAGAAAUCUACAACUCAAGAAGGAGAGAAGAAAAUUGAGACUGCUGUGUCAAGACUAGAAAGAAGGGAGCAUCUAAAAAAGUCGAACACCCUUCCAACUUCUGUGACAGUGGAAAUUUCAGAUUCUGUUCCAUCGACCCCAGUGACAAAGGAGGUGGCCAAGAGAUUCUCUACGCCUGAUGCUAACCCAGUGUCAACAGAACCAGCCUGGCUUGCGUUAGCCAAGAGGAAAGCAAAAGCCUGGAGUGACUGUCCACAGAUCAUAAAGUAAACUGUGAAGUUACAUCUCUAUUGCUGACUAUUAAUUGCUUUCUUUUAUUUAUUCUGCUUUUUACACAUGACAAAACUGAAAAUGCAUGUAUUGGAAGGACUGAAAACUGAACUGAUUACCAUUUUGCUCUAGCUCAUUGUAAAGUCUACUCAAGUCACUGCUUCAACAAAUAGCUAAAAGAGGUCAUGACAAAAAUUUCACAGCCAGACUCUCUCAGAAACUUGAGAGUGCUCAGAGACUGGAUGUAAAUUUUAGCAGGUAUCAUAAUAAGGGCCAGAACAGAAUAAGGGUUCUUAAAGAAUAAGCUUCUAAAAUUCUGUUGGUAUUCAGUUCUGGAAUUUUAGAUCUCUAUGCUGAGAUCUCAGCAAUUUUUUCAGAACUUUGUUGUUGAAAUUAAGGAAAGAUGCAUGUUUCCUUCUCUUAAGUCAUAAUUUAUUAAAACAUGUUAAACUCUAUGAACUGCCAGUUCUGCCUGCUAUUUGAAAGCUUUUUCCCUAAGGAAGAGCUUCAGGAUACACUGUUCCACAUACAAAUGAUAAGUAGAUGGUACCAUCCAAAUGCUGAGGGUAACUUCUUCCAUCACAGGAUUAAUACACUACAUCUAUACACUCUCACUUCUAAGAAAACAAUCCUACUUCAAAAGCCACAAUUUUUUAAACAAAUAUCAUUAAGCUCUCAGAACGAAGUCAGGGAUUCACUGUUUCUUCUAGUCAUUUAAGUGCAUCACUGUUUGUGCUUGGCCAUAUUUAUGCUGCAUAGAGACAGUAAUUGUGGAUUACAACUUUAAAUCAAUUGACUGGAAUUAACCUGUUCCUGUGUGAAUGCAUAUUCCUGUAGAAUUUGUGUCAGUAAGUUCCCACAGGAGUAGGACUGGCUGAACUGAAGUUAACUGAGAACUGAAAGCUAAGUUAGUGAGAGUUUUAGGAGUUUUAACUCUGCAUUCUUCCCGAUUUUACUCCACAUGCAACUUCAGGCAGUUCAGAUAACUUCCUGUACUCUGACCAAUACAGUCAGAACACUUCAAAAAGUUUACUUACCCCAUCUCAGGUAUCUGGUGUGGCAAUUGAACACUUUAUUACUUCACGUAACUAAAACAGAAAUGCCCACCCCCUCCCUCUUACAAAAAAAAGGACAAAGUCCAUAAAUGUAAUAAAAACAUCACUAUCCCCAACAUCCCACAGAAAUCUCUAGGUCUGCAUUUUAAAAUAUCGCCCUAUUAAGUAAAUCAAUUGAGUUUGUUUUAGAAGGAAGACUUUAAAAAAAUUGAAAGUCUCUUUCUUACAACAUAAGGCUCAAAGGAACCUUUAAGCUUACAACAUCAUGAAGGGAGAGAUUUUCAUGAAAAGAAAUGACAUCAUUAUAGAAUGAUACAACAUAUGUCUCAUGGAAGUGUUUCAGCCAAACUGCUGUAAGCAGCAUGAGAAACAGCAUUUUAAACCAUGCUGGAAACAGAAAGAAACCUGUUUUACACUCUGCUCCCAGAAUCAAAAAGGAAUUUCAGCAAAAGCCAUUGUCAGUACAGCCUUUCCCACCGAACAGAAAACAGAAGGUCAGUAUCAUGGUUACAGUAGCACAAAUACAAUGGACGUGUUAGAUUGAGUACAUGUGCAGCAGCAAGAUGAUCUUUCUUGGGUGUCUUAAGCCAUCAGUUUUUCCCAGUUUCACAUUUAAAAUCAGAAUCUCUAAAGUAACCUUUACCAUGAAUAUAAGUAAUUCAUAUGUUUUAAGCAGAAAUGAGACAAUGUUGCUCUCAAAUGCUUGGGAAAAAAACCCCGACUUAAUGCCUUCAAUAUCUGAAGAAAGGAUUGGCCCUGUAGUUACUUUUGCUCUGCUAGCACCACGAAUCAGUGAAUCUUAAGGUUAAUUUUUUUCCAAGUUUGCCUGCAGUAUGGAUAUGUAAUAACUAAACUGCCUGAAAUCCAUUUUUACAAUUUUUUCUUGGGAGGGGGAGCCAGGUAGAAAUACAGAGAAGGUGAAGUAAAUCAGGAUUAAAGAUUCUAGUAAUUUGAAAAGCAUAGCAAAAUUAGGUGCUAUUGUGCAUGACAUAAGGAUGCAAUUUUCCAAUGCAAUCCAUUUAUAGCACAUAGAAUAGAGCUUUCAUUAAGGAUGGUCCUAAGCUAAAGCUUCAAAGCAGAGUUUUUUUUCAACCAUAAAGGUAUCUAGUGUAACAAUGGAAACUGUAUUAUGUACAGUACUUGAUGGAAACAUUUCUAAAGUGUACAUGUGCAACAGUGACAUUUCAUGUUAAAUUAACAAAGAUUUGCACUAAAUACCAAUGAAGUGAAGUGUUACUUUGCUUUAGCUUUGUUGCAACCAUUUCUGAUAAAGUAUUGAAACCUGUAAAAAUAAAUCCAAAACACUACUACCCAGUUUAAAACAGCAAAAAUGUUUUAAGAACCGAAUAAACCACUAUGUAGUAUACUGUCUCAAUUUUUUGUAACUUAUACAAACAUAAAAUACCAUUUCUUUUGACAAGGUUAUACAUGAUUAACCUCUAUGUUCAUAUAGUAAUGUAUAAAAACUACAAGAUGUAUAAUUGUGGGGUAUUUGUUGUGUACUUUUUUAAUUUUUCAAAUGUUUUAAAGUGCAAUUGUUUAUUAUACUGUCAUUUUAAUUCUUAUUAAACUAUAACCUGGUCAAAAUUAGCAAAUCAUUGA